AUGAUGACUGGUUACAUUAAGCAAAAACACGGUUUCAAUGUCAGUCAAAAAAGAAUUGGAAAGGCCCUGUCAACUGUUUCGCCAGCAUAUCACGCAAGACGUCAAACAGAUACCGCAAGGUCUGUUAAUCCUAUCCCUUACAGGGCUGACUAUUUUGGUCACAAACUUCAUAUAGACCAAAACGAAAAAUUAGUAAUGUACGGUACAACGCAUGUCGUAGCAUUGGACGGUCACAGUCGCUUUGUUGUUGCUGCUGCUACAAUGCCAGUCAAAAGCAACCCCGUGAUAUAUUCGCAUAUAUACAGAAAGGUAUUGACCACAUAUUGCAUGUUUGACCAAGUUCGGGUGGACCACGGGAGAGAAUUUUUUCUCAUGCUGGGGAUGCAGGAGUAUCUGGAAAAUAUUCGUGGUGACCAAUUAAGUUUACCUUAUCAACAAACAGAAUCGAAAAGGAAUCUACCAAUUGAAAGAUUUUGGGUUGAAGUUAAUGGUCGAGUUAAUUAUCCAAUCAAAUCAAUACUAGUCGACAUGGACAAUUCAUUGAUUAUAGACAUGGAUAACAAUAUUCAUAAGUUCUGCGUUUCUUUUGUCACCUGCAAAGUUGCAAACUUUGGGCUGCAAACAUUGGUAAGAGCCUGGAACUGUCACCCAAUACCUGGUAGGUAGAUUAUACAAGUCCUGGCAUCCUGUUAACAACAACUAUUCAGCUUCUUUGCACCUUUAAAUUUUGUUUCAGGUGGAGGAGUUCCAUUGAAUAUUAAAGAGAUGACAACUCGAUAUCCUCCAGUGCAGCAGAGUAAUGUCCCAGACACCGCAACAGCUAUGCAAAUAUACAACCAAACAUAUCAAGGACGGAUUUCUGAGCCUAACCAAUUCAGUGACGAUCCUUUAAAAGACCAUCCACAGUUUUUAGCUAAUCGAAACAGAGAGUUUAAUGAAAUCUGUAAUAUUGAACAAAUUUAUAACGAUGUUGUGAACGAAAAUGAUAGAUCGUUUCGACAUGCCGUACAUUGUUUUAUUGAUAUCACUGAAAGAUACAACGCUCUUUUGUAAAAUUGUCUUGUUGCUUUCGCGCUCACUUCUGCAUUGUUAUCAGGAAAAAAUUUGAGUGGGAGAAAAAGUUUUAGUCUUCCUAGUAGGGAUUAACUUUCCAAAAAAAUAUUCAAACGAAACAUAAGAAUUUUUUUGUAAAAAGCAUUUGAAUUAAUUUUUAUCUCCUUUGACGUUUGUUACCCUGUUGUUGGUUGGGCGCACAGAAAGAUCUUACUUAUGUACCCCCGGAUUCUGUUGCGCGAACUCGCAAGAUCAAGAGUGUUUUUAAUCUUCGCUAAAGGUCAAGAGUGUUUUUAAUCUUCGCUGAAAAACACUUGCGAAAGACCUGGUUUCUAUUAACUUGAAAUCAAAAUGCUCCUUAACGAUGUUUUGGACGUAAAUAUGAAAACGAUUGCAAAAAAACCGUCGUCAGCCUGGAGUGUUUUUUAACAUUGGUUAGCCUGAAAUUUUCUUUAUUUCGUUCUCAUGCGUAAAGCAUCUUUUUUAUGGCAAAUAUAUUCGCUUCCAGACUUUAAAGUUCAUGCAAAAUGCAAAAGACUGAAAAAAAGGAUCUUUUUUCAGAGAAUGUGUAAUGUACCUAAGUAUUGCCGCCACUUUAAAACAUAAGUAAAACAUAUUGUGAAGAAUAAAAUAUAUUUUGAAACAUAAAAAAUACAAGUUUUUACAAAAUUAAAAAUAUUUACACUGUGACAGAUAAAAACCGGGUCAUAAAAAACAGUGGUAAGAAGAUUUUUGCCUUCCUCUCUCCGUUUUAAGUAUAUAGUACAUAAAAUAAAAUAAAAGCUAAAAUAAAUAAGAAAUAAUUUUUUGACAUCGAACCGCCUUAAAACUAUGUAAAGAUAGUUUGAGUGAUCGAUCAUCGUCAAAUCAAUAAUGUAGAAAAAGGUAAUUUUUGAGGCUCUAUGAAGAAGGGUGCGCAAAGUCAGUAACGCUAUCAAUGUUAGUUUUGAAAAAGUAUUCAGAAAGAUUUUCAAAAGAACGAUGGUGUUUUAUAAAAUUUAAUUCGGAAAGACAGAACGUAUUUCUGCAAGCACUCCAUCAAAAUUAUUAGUUUCAAAAAUUGCGUCGAGUUCGUUGGACCUGCAAUGUGGGCAAUUUUGAUUUUCUAAAAACCAGCGAUCUACACAUUCGCCACAACCAAUUAUUCUUCUGCAGCAGGAACCCAUUUUCACCGGACUCCGGCUCAACCCACGACAUAUCAAGCACUCGAAGCUUUGUUUUGCCUUCUCACAGAUCUUUACAGAUGAUAAUGCUCGUUGUGCUGCCUCUCGUGUAUCUUGGUCCACACAAGUUAAAAUCACGCCAGAUUGGACGAGGCUGGUGAGAAAAGUUGGCGACAUUAAAAUUACUCACCAAAAUUAAUGGACUGUGUGCUUGUUCUUCGUGGCGUAAAAUAAUCAAAUGUUUCGAGAUCAUUGGCUUUUACUGCAUAAACCUUCCGAGCCGCGGCUUUCCAGAAGCUUAUUCCUGUAAGAAGAAAGUGUUCUCUUUAAAACUGUGAAGAGGGAAAAGAAUUUUCAGUCCAUAUUCAAAUAUAUAUAUACACACCUCUUGUGGCUGCGGAGUCCUCGUAUCGUAAACCACCUCCUUGCACUAACACCAACGUUCGAUCUUCGAAUCGUGUUUUUGCCAUCUCCGUGAUUGCGUCGACGUUUGCUUCUGCUUCCGUUAUUGUUAUAAACGAAAUUCGUUUCUGAUUAACUGUAAAAAAGAAGAGUAUUUAUAAUUUAUGAAUGUGUAAAAUUAGAACGUUUAGUAUAGAACAAUAUCAACUUACCGA